UGUGUAAUCAGCUGCCCUUUUGGAAAUCGGGCGGGGGUUGUGGCUGGACGCCGGUGUCACUGACUUGUCUUCAGCAUAGAAUGCAGAAGUAACAUGUUCCCAGCACUGGAAACAGAGGUAAAGCAGGAGACUCUUCCUGAUCCCUAUGAAGACUUUAUGUACCAUCAUCUUCAAUACUAUGGCUACUUUAAAGGUCACAGAGGUAGUUUACCAACCUCAGCUACACACCAGCAUGUUUGGAAGAAUAAUCCUCGAUACCUGUUGACCGGCUUUUUUGGAGAAAGACAGGGUAUGGUACCAGACCCUCUGCAAAAGGAGAAGCUUCUGUGGCCCACCUGUAUAUCUUCACCUGUGCAUAGACAGAUAGAAGCUGUGAGCAGAGAUUCUCUUAUGCUUAGUUCACCACUUCUUAAGAGCAGGCAGCUUCUUCAUGAUGAAUUUGGUGAAGUCAGCCCAUGUCUUCGAGAACCCCGAGAUCUCUUUACCUUCUUCUCUAGCAGUGGGCCUCUGCAGGCUCCGAGGUGGCCAAUAGAAUGUGAGGUCAUCAAGGAAAACCUUCAUCAUAUUGAGUGGGUUCCACCUCAACCAGAAUAUUUCUAUCAACCUACAGGAAAUGAAAAGUUACCAGAAAUUGUAGGAGAAGAAAAAGGCACAGUUGUCUUUCAAUUAGAUUCAGUGCCCACCGAAGGUUCCUAUUUCACUAGUUCCAGAGUGGGAGGCAAGCGAGGGAUCAUCAAGGAGCUUGCUGUUACGCUGCAAGGACCUGAGGACAAGACUCUCCUGUUUGAGUCAAGGUUUGAGAGCGGGAAUCUGCAAAAAGCUGUCAGAGUAGAUACCUAUGAGUAUGAGCUCACCUUGCGAACUGACCUCUAUACAAACAAACACACUCAGUGGUUUUAUUUUCGAGUGCAGAAUACUAGAAAAGAUGCCACCUACCGCUUCACCAUUGUCAACUUGCUAAAACCCAAGAGCCUUUAUACUAUAGGGAUGAAGCCACUCAUGUACUCCCAGUUGGACGCCAAGACCCACAACAUUGGCUGGAGAAGAGAAGGAAAUGAAAUCAGGUACUAUAAGAACAACAGGGACGAUGGGCAGCAGGCCUUUUACUGUCUCACGUGGACCAUUCAGUUCCCACACGACCAGGACACUUGCUUCUUCGCACACUUCUAUCCAUAUACAUACACUGACUUGCAGUGCUACCUGCUGUCAGUGGCAAACAACCCUGUCCAGUCUCAGUUCUGCAAACUCCGAACUUUAUGCAGGAGCCUUGCAGGAAAUACCGUCUACCUGCUCACCAUCACCAACCCAUCCCGGACCCCUCAAGAGGCAGCUGCAAAGAAAGCUGUGGUCUUGAGUGCCAGAGUCCACCCCGGAGAAAGUAACAGCUCCUGGAUCAUGAAAGGCUUUUUGGACUUCAUCCUGAGCAACUCUCCAGAUGCCCAGCUCCUCAGAGAUAUCUUUGUCUUCAAAGUGGUUCCUAUGUUAAAUCCAGAUGGAGUGAUUGUGGGGAAUUACCGGUGUUCAUUGGCUGGAAGGGACUUGAAUAGACAUUAUAAAACCAUUCUGAAGGAGUCUUUCCCUUGUAUCUGGUACACCAGGAACAUGAUCAAAAGACUUCUUGAAGAAAGGGAGGUUCUCUUGUAUUGUGAUUUCCAUGGCCACAGCCGUAAGAAUAAUAUCUUCUUGUAUGGCUGUAAUAACAAUGAUCGCAAGUACUGGCUUCAUGAGCGAGUCUUUCCUUUAAUGUUAAGCAAAAAUGCGCCAGAUAAGUUCUCUUUUCAUAGUUGUAAUUUUAAGGUCCAAAAGUGCAAAGAAGGAACAGGACGAGUUGUAAUGUGGCGGAUGGGAAUCCUGAACAGCUACACCAUGGAAUCUACCUUUGGGGGGUCCACACUGGGCAAUAAAAGAGAUACUCACUUUACUACUGAGGAUCUAAAGUCUCUAGGUUAUCAUGUUUGUGACACCCUUCUGGAUUUCUGUGAUCCUGACCGAACCAAGUUCAUGCAGUGCCUAACAGAGCUUAAAGAGCUCUUACAACAAGAAAUCCAUAAGAAAUUCAAUGAGCUUGGACAAGAUAUGGAUUUAGAAGGAAGUUGGAGUGACAUCUGCUUGUCUGACAUUGAAUCCAGCACCAGUGGUUCUGAUAGUUCCCUCUCAGAUGGUCUCCCUGUUCACCUACUGAACGUAGCAGAUGAGUUGAAUCAAAAGAAGAAGAUGUAUAAGAAGAAAAAAAAGAAGCCGCUUCAGACUAGGAAACAGCGAAAUGAACAGUAUCAGAAAAAUAAUUGGAUGCAGGAGUUAAAGUUAACAGAAGAUGCCCUGUCCUUCCAGGAAAGGGCAGGGUUUGCUUCUUCUACCCUGCAAAAACAGCCUACCUUUUUCAGAAAUUCAGAGAAUGCCAGUUCUUCAGCGAUGAGAAAUGAAAAACCAAGGUUGAAUGAGGUAGUAUUACAUGGAAGAGACAAGGGCACCUCGCUGGACCCAUCAAAAAUGCCCUCCUUGAUCCUGACUAAGAAUAAAGAGAGAAUGCAGACGGAGAAGCCAAGAUCCACAGUGUCGUGCUCUCCCAAGAGAAGCACAAACUCCAGCCAAGAGCCAGCUCCAGAUAUGAAGUCACACUGGUCCAGGAACAGAUAUCCUGCCACAAAGAGAGGCCGCGCCGCCAUGACGGUUUACCCCUCCUUGCACAUAUACACGUACCCAUAGGGGGCCUUGGCCACACAGGAGCGUCAUUGGCAGUGGGGCUAGACACGUAAUGAGGGGAGUUGCGUGACUUGGGGUACACUGCGUUGCGUGCUCAUGGUGCACUGACCUUACGCUGUGUGCUUACAUUGCAUGCAUGCCCUCGGGACUCAUACCUCAUGAAUCAGGUUUUUUUUCAUAAAGUGAAAUUAUAUUAUGAUGUAUACAAAAGCUUCCUUUAUCAGAAAUUGAGGUGUGUGUUCAUGAACCCACAGCACAGAUAUACCUCAUUCUAACCAGUACAUAGUCUUUCUAAAAUUAUGUGCAAAUUAAGAGCUCAAAUUCUAUUUUAAACCUAUUCUGGGAGUGUGCUGUGUUUAAAAAGUCUUGCGUCAAAGCUUUCUAGCAAUGAAUGGUCAGACUGUGAUUAUCAGAUUGGCUCAUGGUAGCUCAUUGGCUCAUACCACACAGAGAGAACAAUUCGUGUAUUCGCCAGUUUAGUCUUACAUCUAUUAUGUUCAACACGGUUACGUAUGUUUUUUAACCCAUUGAUUAAAAUUCUUUCUCUCUAA